AAGGGUUUAUUCGAUCGUCUGUUUCUGCAAUUCUACGAUGAGUGACAAGGAGGAGGAGAGAAGCCAAGGGGUCGAAGUUGAAGAAACUAAGCCCCCGACUCCAAUGGCGGAAGCCGAAGAGACCCAGCAGCAGCAGCUACAACAGAAUACGCGCACGAAGCUGGAGAAGACGAUCGCCUCAUUUAGCAUUUGGCCCCCUACGCAGCACACAAGGGAAGCCGUCGCCAAACGACUCGUUGAAACCCUAUCGACAAAUUCCAUCCUCGCCAAGCGCUAUGGUUCCAUGCCAGCAGACGAGGCCUCCUCCGCCGCCCACAAAAUCGAAGAAGAAGCCUUCUCCGUCGCCUCCGAUGCCGCCGCUUCCAGCACUGCCGAAAACGAUGGCAUCGAUAUUCUUCAGCUCUACUCCAGGGAGAUCAGUAAGCGAAUGCUAGAAACCGUUAAAACCAGAGCUGCCACUGCAUCCCCCACUGACAAUUCGUCGCCGGUUUCGGUUGCCGCCGAUUCUCCUGCUAUUCCUCCUGCCUGUGAGGAAAUCUCAUCUGCCCAAACUGAUAGUUGAAUAUGAAUUUCAUUUUCUUUUUAGGGUUUCUGGUACCUUUGGGUUUACUGUUGAACUCUUCGUAUGUUGAAAUGCAUCUGUAUUAGUCAUGGAUCGCUUCCUCUACUAUAUUGGUUGCCCUGUCAAAUGCACUUAAUGGGGCUUUUGGUUAGGGAUCCGUUCCUCUACUAUAUUGGUUGCCUUGUGGAAUGCACUUAAUGGGGCUUUUGGUUUA